UAUUGCUAUUGUUACAGACUUUGGGGAAUCAUGAGUUCGACCACGGCAUUAGCGCUCUUUUGUCGUACUUGAACGGAAUUCAAGACAUACCCACAGUAGUAUCCAACUUGAAUAUGGCGGCGGAACCAGAACUUAAUAAUUUUGUAUUACCGUCAAUAAUAUUCACCGUAAAUAAUACAAAAGUGGGCAUCGUAGGAUGUUUGACAACAGAUACUCCGACCAUAUCCAAUUCCGGAGGCGUUGAAUUUUUCGAUGAAGUAGAGUCUUUGAAGAAAGAAACUAAAAAGUUACUCGAAAACGAUGUUCAUAUAAUUAUUUGCCUUAGCCAUAGUGGCAUCGAAAAAGAUAAAGUAAUUGCCAAGGAAGUAGAAGACAUCGAUAUAAUUAUCGGGGGACAUUCACAUACAUUUUUGUAUUCGGACACUCCACCCAGUAUUGAAAAACCAUAUGGACCGUAUCCACUAUACGUGACGAAUGUUAAAAAUAAGGCCGUGCCAAUAUUACAGGCAUACGCAAAUACCAAAUACGUGGGCAAAGUUGUUUUAAAAUUUGACUCUAACGGUGACAUAGUUAAUAUCGAUGGUUCGCCAACGUUAUUAAAUCAUGAAAUAAAACAAGAUCCAAAAAUGUUGGCUGUGGUCGAUCAAUGGAAACCACAGGUAACU